AUGGAUUGUCCUGACGUGUUUUACUUCCUUGAAUCGGAUGUUGGGUUUUUCUGGGUUGGAAGUUCACACCUCACUAUUCUGAAAACAGCUUGCAUUUUUGAAUUCAACUUUAUUAAGGCUAAUUGUGCUGAGCUGUACAAGGCUGGCAAUACAACCAGCGGUGUCUAUACGAUUAAUCCUGAUGGAGUAGGUGCCUUCGAUGUUUACUGUGAUCAGAACACAGCUGGAGGAGGAUGGACGGUGAUCCAGAGGAGACUGGACGGCUCUGUUGAUUUUAAUCGUAGCUGGUGCGACUACAAGCAUGGCUUCGGUAACAUGAGUGGGGAGUAUUGGUUGGGACUGGACAAGAUAAACCGCCUCACUUGGAGAACAAAGAACAAGCUCCGAGUAGAUCUGGAGUUUAGAGUCAAUCAGAAAGUUCAUCAUCCUUACGCUGAGUACAACUUGUUCGUGGUUGAAUCGGAAUUGAAAAAUUAUUCCUUGAUUAUUGGAGAAAUGUCUACAGGAGACGCCGGUGAUUCUUUUGAUUACAAUAACAAGGCUCGAUUUCUAACAAGGGAUAAAGACGAGUACAAGCACCAAUGCGCUACGAAAUACGGAGCUUGGUGGUAUCCCAACAAUACCUGUG